AUGGCAAACAUAACUGUAUACCGCGGUUUCCCAGCAACCGCAAACUACGUCUGGUCCCCCUUCGUCACCAAACUCGAGGCGCGCCUCCGGUUUGCGGGCGUAUCUUAUACACCAGAGCAGGGAUCGCUCAUAAAAGCACCCCGAGGCAAAAUACCAUAUAUGUCCAUCGCUACACCUAAGACUACUAGCGAGCCGGAGUUUCUGUCAGAUACGCAGCUCAUCAGUGAUCAGUUGACGGAGCAUGGUAUUUUACCAGACUUGAAUGAUCGCUUAUCGCCAACGGAGAAGGCCGUGGAUCAAGCCUUGAGGGCUUUACUGGAGGAUAAGGUCUAUUUUUACAAUACAAACGAACGCUGGAAUGAAAACUACUACACAAUGCGUGACGGAGUAAUGGCUGCUAUACCAUACCCCAUCCGCGUGAUAGUAGGAUACCUAGCCUGGCGUAAAAACAACGCUGGCUUACACAGCCAAGGCACAGGCCGUUUCUCUGCUGAGGAAAUACAUUCUUUCCGAGACAAGAUUUGGCACAGUCUUGACGACCUGCUAGCAGAGUCGAGACACAAGUCGCUGUCUGGUCAAAAGUUGUUCUGGGCUUUAGGGGGGGAAGGGCCUACGGAGGCUGAUACAAGUUUAUAUGGGUUUGUUAUUGCUGGAUUAGUCUGUGAUGCUGGCCCAGACUCGAAGAAAUUGAUUCGCACAUUACCGAAUGUGGUUGAAUAUGCACGGAGGAUUCAUGGGGAGUUUUUCGCAGACUAUGCGGCCCCUGUUUGGGAGUGA